UCUAUAUGACGUCACAUAUGUUUAUGCUAAUAUCGUUAUGCCUGAAGGUCAGUAAACCUAAUUAUUUCUAAAUUGGUGGCAUUACGUAAUACAAACGUUCAUAACUGCAUUUCUGCAACAUAAUGUGGUUUGUUUUAAAAGUGCAAGUUGGUGUUUACAGUCAACCAAUUACCAAAAAAUAACUAGUAUAAAUCAGUCAGCUAACCUGCUAACUUGGUAUGCUUUUGACAAUUAACGUAAUGGGACACUGCGUAUUAAACUUUACUUCCAAACAAGGAAUAUUUUAAAAUUUCAAUAUGCGUGUUGAGGUGAGUACAUCUUCUAGAUUGAAUAGAAUUCAAAGUUAUAUUUACUAUGGCAUUUUCCUACAAAGACGGUUAUUGAUUUAAUAUCGUCCGGGUUUAAGUUCUCGUGAGAUCAAACGCGAUUUGGAGUCAAUUACAAUUUUAAUAAAUGUAAAAGUUAUUAUUUUGGUUGUGUAUUUGUCAUUCUAUGACGAAUAAUUGAUUUUGUUACGUUUUGCUCCUUUCCAAAGUUUAAACAGGGAUAUAACGAACUAUUCCCACACCAAUAUCAUACAGUAAAUCACUUGUGGUGCAGUAGCUUAUUCUGUUCUUCAAACGAUUUUUAAAUAAUAACAACUAAUAGUGGUCAUUUAUAGCCAGAGAACAAUAUUUGCAAUGUAAGACAAGUUAUUUCCCCCCCAAAAAACAUAGUCGAUUCAUGUAUUACUCUAUUAAUGAAUUUAAAAUACAUUUCACAAAUGUGUAUUUUGUCCUGUGCAUUAACUUUUGGAUGAGGUGCGACCUCUCUUUACUUCAUUUUACGCCUGCGUCGUGGACUCUUGUGGAGAGCUCUCUACUCACACGGUUGCGCGUUUUGGUGUAAAAAUUAGCUCUGCUGUGGCUGUUUGGUAAAUAUUUGGGCCCAUAUAUAACUUUGUUUAGCUAAAACAUGCCAAACGCUGCUCAUUUGAGGCGAUGUCGGCCUGAAUUGACGACAUUUUCCUGCCGAACAUGGACAUAGAGGGUGCACCUUUGCGCAGAGACUGGCUAGGUUUUAUGCCGAGAGGCUCCUCUGGGUGCACAAAGACAGCGGCUCGCAGAGGAACUUGUUCAGAGUGAGCCGGGGACGCUGGCAGGCGGAAUAAACGCUCUCCUGAAGCGAACACGCCGCUUCGGUGCCGUCAAAACCCCUUAAACCCACCGUCACACCACCCAUCCUAGAGAUCUAAGGUAAGGUUCGGUUUUAAACACGGUUUAGUGAGGCUGGAGGGCUGCGGAGCGGGCUAAACCACCUUCGCGUUGGCUUUCCCGAGCGUGGUUGUUUUUGCAGAAAAUGGCGUCAUCGCCCUCUUGUUUCUGCUUGGCCGCGGUGGGGAGAGGAACACUUCCAGAGACUCGUAGCAAGCUUUACAUACAGCGCCUAGGCCCCUAAAGAUGAAAUCGCCUGCCUCAAUGUGUUCUGAUUACCAAUAAACCGUCAAACGCGAGAUAAAUCACGAUUUCGCUCGGUGGAAGGACGCGCAAAGAUGGAAGGGUCACCGGUCCUGUGCGCCAAGCUGCUUCUUGGAAAAGGUGGCACGGAGCCGCAAAACGCAGCGUUUAACGUUCUCAAUAAUGCCAUCCCUUACGGAUUUAUUCUACUCCAGAUGAGCGUGGAUGUUUUGAUGUUAGUACCAGAGUGGUGAUGGACGUAUUGAUGUGAGUGUUGCACCUUGUCUUUGUGUGUAUUUUAUUCAGGUUAGCUCGUUUUUACGCCGCACUCAGCCCUCCACGCUGCAAUCGUUACGAGGGGCCUCUUCUUUAACGGCGUGAAAGGUGCACUUUAUUCUCAGCCUUUUCCUUUGAUCGAGUUAAGCUGACCCUUUGUUGCUCAAAAUAGUGACGUUUUUGCUGUGACAAUAUAACCGUGUAAAAGGAGAUUUUCGGGAAUAAUAGAGGCGAUGCAAAUCGUGCCAUGAGAACGGCGACUGCCCUGCGCUCUGGUUUCUCCGCUUUGCCAGACGCGGACAGCGUGAAAGAGGUGACAGGUGUGUGCUGGCAGUGAACCUGUGCUGCAGCAGCCGGUCUUGGCAGCAUGGUGAAGGUCCAGACGUCGUCUGGGAGGAAAACCUCCCACUGUCUCCGUAGACAGGUACUGGAAAAAACUGGUGGUCAGACAGAGACAGAGACGGAGGCAGACCAGACUCCAUCUCAGACGCAGCGGGCGACACCGGAGCAGCCCCAUGAAGAAGCCCAGUCCGCGGAUCAAGCCGAGCUCAGGGCCUCGGAUUCGGCUCAGUCUGAGAAUGGAGGCCAGGAGUCAACUCCAAUGGACGUCCAGGACAAGGGGGACUCUGCUGCUCAGGCCAAGCUUCUGUGGAAACCCAUUCCUCCUCUGCUGCCCGAACCCCAGCACCACGGGAACAGUACCACCAGGGACCAGAGCUGCCAGACGGAGGAGCAGCUUCAGCACGUCACAGCUGGAGGCUUUAGUCACAACACAGGUGUCUGUACUGAGCCUGGGGAUCCUCCACUGCUCCAGCAGCCUCUGCACACCUCCAAGUCUGGGAUUCAGCAGAUAAUUGAAUGCUUCCGUUCAGGUACCAGUCAGCUGAAACACAUGCUGCUGAGGGAGGUGGACACCAUCUUUGAAUGUAAACUGUGCCGCAGCCUGUUCAGAGGCCUGCCCAACCUCAUCACACACAAGGAGUACUACUGCCUGUCACGGCUGCCUGACUCAGAUGGUUCCUGUGGUGAUGACAGACAGAGCGUAGCCAUGAAGGAUUUACUGGAUGCCAUAUAUCCCAGAUCGGACCGGUCAGACUACGUGGUCCGCCUGGAGCCCAUUCAGACAACGACCAAGGCUGUGUUCCAGUAUCUCAGCACAGAAGACGAGCUGGCUCGUUACCCAUCACGUACAACCAGUGCUAGAGCAAGUCCAGUAGCCUGGGAAGGAGAACCGACUGAAGGCGGAGACAACAACCAGGUGAGCCAGCGUGGAGGACCAGAGAGCCGCAGCAGUCCAGGACCCAGCCAGGGGCAGCGGAAAUGGGAGGCUGAGGAGGAAACAAAAGAAGAGCAGCCUCAACCUGAAGAUGAGGAGUCAACAAGUGGGGUCGAGGACGUGACAAUCUCUUGUUGCCUGUGCGGUCAGGACUUCAACUCGCGCCGCAGCAUCAGGCGUCACUGCCGCAAAAUGCACCAGACCAAAUUGGAGGAACUGCGGAAGUUCACAGAGACACGGACAGUGCCCACAAGCCUGCUGUCUAUGGUUAAAGGAGGUCGACCCAGGACUCUCACCACACCUACAGGGAAAUCCUGCCCAGUGUGCUUCAAAACCUUUGCCACAAAAGCCAACGUGCGGCGACACUUUGACGAAGUGCAUCGUGGACUGCGGAGGGACAACAGCACGCCCAGCGUCAGCCCACGGCCAGGCCAACCACUAUCCAGGGAGGUGACGCCUCCCAAGAAGAGCAGCAGUUCCUCCCCGAAACGUAGCAGCAGCAGCUCGAAGCCCACCACUACUAAUCCCAAGUCGACACCUGUGAACCAAAACCAAGGCAAACCUCAGAGUCAGGCCUCGACUCCACAGCCACAGGCCAACGUGGCCUCGUGUCGCUGUACUCUCUGCAAGAGAAACUACAGUUCUCCGCUCAUGUUGAAGAGGCACAUGCGCAUUGUCCACAAGAUUUACAGCGUUAAAAACAACAACAGCAUAAACCCCACCUCAUCCACCACCACUACCACCACAACCACUGCAGUCCAAGGCAACAACAACAUCAAAGUGAAGGAGGAGGCAGUGGAGCCCUCAGAUGAAGAGGAGGAGGAAGAAGAAGAAGAGGAGGAGGAGGAGGAAGAGGAAAUGGACAGUAGCCCCACCCCUUCUCCCAGUGAAAGCACAAGUGCAGCUAAAGGUGCUUCUUCAGCUCAGAACUCCUCAAAGGUAAAAGAGGAGGAGACACCCCUCAGCCCAAAGACCCCUCUAACCUCGCCAUCCUCUCGCGGGACCACAGUUAGCAGCGGGAGCGUCACGACCAAAAUGACCAAACUCUCCGUGGGUUUCGACUUCAAGCAGCUGUUCUGUAAACUGUGCAAGCGACAGUUCAGCUCCCGCCAGAACUUAACCAAACACAUUGAGCUGCACACAGACGGCAACGACAUCUUCAUCAAGUUCUACCGCUGCCCUCUGUGUCGAUACGAGUCCCGGCGCAAACGAGACGUCCUGCGGCACGUGACCGUGGUCCACAAGACUCCGUCUGCAUACCUGGCCAAGAUCAUGCCCAAACUGGAGAGCAGGGCCGUGAAGAGGCUCGCCGAGGUGGUGCUCAACAGCACCAGUCCUAACAAGAGGACAAGCAGCAGCGUGAAGGAGGAGGUGAACGGACGCCAUACCACACCCGCCUCCUCCUCUCCGUCUCCACCUGUCACACGCAAACAAGAGAGCGCCGCUCCGGCCCCAAACUCCUCCACUGCCGCCUCCUCCGCUGCAUCUCCGGCGCCAACCCCUGUCACUCGAAAACAACAGGAGUCCUCCACGUUCACCCCGUCUCCUCCCGUCACUCGCAAAAAGGAGAAGCAGCUGAGCCACCAGCUUCAGCGUCCCAUCAGCCCGCCGUUGACCCGUCGCAGCGACAAACACUCCCACCAGCGCAACUCCUCCUCCUCUUCAUCCACCACCACCCCCAGCAGCACACCGCACACCGACGCGGAGGGCGGCAACCCAGGGACGUCCUCCACUGAAGUCAAAGUGACCAAAACCUUCUCGCUUCACGCCUGCGACCAGUGUGGACGAGCUUUUGCCAAGAAGGUAUACUUGGAGUCUCACAAGCGAAGUCAUCGUAACGCACCACCACCGGCAGCAGCCAGCAAGAGGAAAGGAGUCAGCACUCGCUCCAAAUCUCUGGUUUGGUGAAAGCUGCGGAUCUGUCGGGGAUAACGGACGAGCAAGCCACUAACAACGAAAA